GUUGCAUUAUAGAGACGCUUAGCCCACACCGACAUGUCACGGAAACUCAGCAUACCGGAAGUGAACGCUCUUGGGUACUAGGAGUUCAUUGAGCAGUUCGGGGUUGCCGUAGAGCAUGGUCGCCUCGUUGCCGCUGCCGCGUGGAGCGCCCGCCCAUUCCUGUCGGCGUCUGACCUGCACUUUCGGUUCUGCGAGUUCUUGGAGCAGCUCCCGCAGGCGGGUAAAGAAGCGGUGCUCCGAAUACAUCCGGAUUUGGCCGGAAAGUUGGCUAAAGCCGGUGGACUUACGAAAGAAUCCCUUCGUGAGCAAAAAGCCGCUGGACUGGAUUCGCUGACUGCUGAUGAGCAACGAACGUUAUCGGAACUUAACGAAAUGUACAAAACGAAAUUCGGAUUUCCGUUCGUGAUUUGCGCGCGAGAAAAUAAAAAGGACGCCAUUAUUCAGGGUUUAAAACAACGGAUGGAAAACGACGUGAUAACGGAAGCGGUAACGGGUGUGAACGAAGUCAAGAAAAUAUGUCACUUACGACUGCAAGAUUUGGCGGCGGAUUCUUGCUCAAAAAUCUGAAAACCUUUUUCUUAGCACUGAACGGUCUAAACUGUGAUUACAUUUCAAAUUAAAGUUCUAAAUUUGAUUAUAAAAAACUUUUUCAUCAAUGCCCCUAUUUGCAUUCAGUUAGAAGAUGCUCAUUAUACAUGUAUGAUUUCAAUUGAUAUACAUGUAAAUUGUUUGUUGUGCAAACGAUAAAUUCUUCAAAUGCACAAGUGGAAUUAUGUAAGCUUUGCCAUUACCAUUGAUGAAAAAUAAGGUUUGUAUAUCAAAUUAGUAUUAUUUACAAUCCAUGCUACCGGGUAAACACAAAAAAUCCUACAGCACACUAGGUCCAGUAACGUUCUUC